GAGGGGACAGCCAGCUCCUGCUUGGAAACACACCCCAUCAUCCUCAUAAAGUUUCCAGAGCAGUAGUCAAAGCUCCCAACGGAGUGGUUGUAGAAAAGCCAGGGAGGAGCACAGCAAAAGUGCAAGGGGUUGUUAUGGAUAACAAGGGAAAUUCUGAGGUACUGGGAGAGGCAGAAAAUCACAGUGAAGGUGGUCAAAUGCUGGAACAAAUAUCCCAGAGGAGCUGUGGAAUCUCCAUCCAUGCUGAGACUCAAAACUGAACUGUUGAAGGCUCUGAACAACUUGCUAAGAAAGCUCAAAUGGAGCAAAGCCUCAGAAAGGAAUGGAUUGAUCAAGCUUGACAUAUUUCAAGCAUUAGCAGUGUGUUUUUUCUGGAGACAGUGCUCACACGUGCACUGAGAGGAUCUGUGUGACAAGAUGGGUGUAUAGUGCAUGUUGCCUAAUGUAAAAGGCUUUGCUGUGAUCAGAGGUCCUUUGGAAAUGAAGAUAAGAUCAAUUUGUCCUGCGGCAAGGUACAUACCCUGUUCUGUUCGGGCUGGCACGUUAGCUGUGGUUGCUGCUUAUAGGUAUCCUUCACCAGGUAUGUUAAAGUCCAACUAUGACAUAUUAUUUCAAUAAGGUAGUGGUUGGCAAAAAACCCAUACAGAAGAUCUCAUAGAUUUACUCUACUGUCUCACAAAGAAGAGUGAAAAGCUACAUGGGGAAGGAUGAGAAGCCCUAGGACACCGUGGCUGCCUUAACACAGUCUCAUUUUAAGUGAUGGCACAUUAGGGCACCUCCCUCUACCGUUUGUUUGGCCAUGGGAUACAAAGCUGUUUAUAUUUUUAAGGCUGCUACCACAAGUUAACAUCUCCCAUGGGAGCACAUAGAACCCUAGUGUGCAAAUGGGUUGGAAGUUCAGGCUCAUGGUUUCAAGUUUCAAAUCACUUUUUGCCUGCUUUGGUUUGGUUUGUUUGUCUUCUCAGAACUGUUUAACAUCAGUUUCUUCCACUAACAUACGUAGUGUGGUGGGCUGGCCUCGUCCUUUGCUGUCCACGAGAGAGCAGCAACCCAAGCAGGAACUGAGGUGUCUGAUUUUUCUGUCUUAUAACAACACAUAAUGCAGAGAAACAGAGCUGGAAACACGUAGAGACUUGCAUUUGUAAAAGCUGUCUUGUCAAAGCUAAAGUAUAACCUCCUGGCAAAUCCAGGCACUUCUUUUUGGCAGUGUAUUCCUCCUUUCUGAAGCGCUGCGACAGGAGUACUCCCAAGAGGCUUCCUGUCAUCAUAAAGAUGAAAAGAGACUCUGGAUAUUCCACCAUGGCUGAGCGGCAGAAGCAGGAGGAGAAGCUCUGGAAUGCCAUGAAGAUCACUACCCAUGUCCUUGGAACAAGUCUGCUCGUCUUCACUGCCUUAGUGAACUUCCUUCCUUGGUACAUGCAGACUAUCUGGGAUGCUUCAGGCCACUUCUGGCAAACAACAUGGCUAAAGCUCUACUACCUGUUUGAGGGAAACGAGUGGACAAUCUUCCUCUUUGGGGCUGGAGCGGUGCCUACCCUUGCUUUCUGGUGCCUCAACGGAAUCCUGAUGGUGGCUGAUGUAACAGGAAAGCCCACUUUCAUUACUCGCUAUCGCAUCCAGCUGGGCAAGAAUGAUCCUGUAGACACAAAGAAAUUGUGCCAAGCCAUCUACACAGUGCUGUGUAAUCAGUUCUGUAUCUCCGUGCCCAUGCUUGUGCCCAUGUUCUACGUCAUGAAGUGGUGGGGCAACACCUUCAGCAAGGAAUUACCCACCUUCCAGUGGUUGCUUGUGGAGCUAUGCAUUUUUAUCUUAAUAGAGGAAAUUCUCUUCUAUUAUACACACAGGCUCGUUCACCUCCCGGCCCUGUACAAACACAUCCACAAGAAGCACCACGAGUGGACAGCCCCCAUUGGCAUCAUCUCCAUUUACGCUCACCCGCUGGAGCACAUAUUCUCCAACAUGCUGCCUGCCAUGACUGGCCCGAUGGUCCUGGGGUCUCACAUCGUUUCGAUUGCACUGUGGUUCUCCCUUGCCCUCCUAACAACAAGCAUUUCACACUGUGGCUACCACCUGCCCUUCCUUCCAUCACCGGAGUUCCACGACUUCCACCACCUCAAGUUCAACCAGUGCUACGGAGUCUUGGGAGUGCUGGACUAUCUGCACGGAACCGACACGGUCUUCAGACAAAGCAGAGCCUACAAGAGACACAGGGUCCUGCUCAGCCUCACCCCCCUCUCAGAGAGCAUCCCCGAGGCAGCCAGGAGGGCAGAGUGAGGCAGCCCAGCAGCCUGUGCUUCUCACAGCCACAAUGCUUUAUGCCAAAUAGUAUUUUAAGUGGGAGAUAAGUUACUGUUCAGUAACGGAACCCGAAGCUGAACUUCAACAUGCUGCUUCAAAUGACUGCACUGUUGCUGCUGUUAUUUUCUAAGGUACACACACACACACACACACACAAAAUUGCUCAAAAGCUUUUUUUAAACAGAGUUUAGGCUUUUUUUCCCUAGUUACUUGCACUGUUCCUUGGUUCAGCUGCCUGUGCCCCAGCCAGACGCACUCUGGGAAGUUCUUGUGAUGAAGGUUUUAACGCCUCAGUUUCCACAGGCUGUGCUUUGGCCUCUUUCUGCAACAUUCCACGGAAAUACCCAGCAAGAUGACCACAACUCCAUGGGACAGGAUUAAAACUACUGCUUUUCUGAGCCUCAGAACACCUGGCAUAUGGGAUGCAACCAGGUGGCAAGUCAGUCAGGCCACUGCUCUGGAAAUGCUCUCUGCUGCGUUCCUCGUGUAAGGGGGCAGCAGGUCUCAAUUUGAGGCUUCCAUGGCCUCAUCCACAAACUAACACCUGCAAACACAAAGGGAGUUUCCCUGCAUGGGGCAGGGGAGAGCUGAAGUGCUGCGAGGCAGCAGCCCUGGCAUGUCACUUCCUGCUGAGCCUCAUCUUGCUUCUCCUGCGCCAAGAGGAGCCACAAACCGAAGGGAGCAGCUCUGUGCAAUGACCAGCUACAGACAGACUCAGAGAGGAGUUAUUGCUGUCCUAGCCUGGGAAAAGACUGCUAAGGAAGGACCCAACAAAGCAGCACCCGCCCCUGGGCACACACCCAGAGGUACCCACACAACCCAUCAAGACACGUGGUGCAUUUUCUCCGAGAUCUUUUUCAGCCUCAAACCUUUUUUUGGGGCCUGGGAUUAAAAAGCCACCUGCCUGUCACCGAUGCUGGAGCCGUGUGCUGAGCAAGCCCUGCGAGGAGGGGACACGCACAGCGGACCUGCAGCCAGCCCAGCUCUGCCUGUGGAAGCCAACUUGCUCCUCUCACCCCCCUGCAGCCACACAGGGAUGAACCCAGCCCGUUUGCUUGCCCACAGUCCCGUGGGAAGGGCAAGCUGGCAGGACAGAAAAGCCAGGCUGCAUUGUCUUUUGAGGUUUUUAUUUUUAUACAUUUUUUUUGUAUUAAAAAGGAAAAAGCAUAAUUACCACAAAUUACAAAGGACUAAAGCAUUACUAGAAUAAUGAAUCACAUCAGCCUAGAAAGCAGAUACUCUGAAUAAUAUUAAUGUUAUAAUACAAGCUCUCAUUCAAGUAUUUUACAUUUUUCUCUUUUCCUUUUAUAUGUGACGAUGAUCCUAGCACAUGGGUCAAAGAUUAUGUACUAUCGACAGGAGAUGGAUCAUGUACAGCGGGGCCGUAUUCACAAGAUUUUCCUCCCAGGUGAUACAUGGCCUGUGAUGAGUCAUUUUAAGUUUGUCUCUACGAUAAAUGCAGCUGAAGAAGGUUGCACACACUUUCUAGUUUGGGGAAACAGAAGGCUGAGGUUGGGACACAGAGGGUUUGAGAAGGGCCAGCACAUCGAACCACCACCCCUUUUGCUCCAGGCGAGCGCGCCGAGGGCCACCCUGGCGGGCGCAGCUCAGCGGGGUGCGGGUCAGCCACGGAGCCAAAGGCUUCCAACCCCUGCGGGACCACGAGAGGCUGGAGAGGAGGGGAGAGGCGGCUGCACGCUCCCAGCCGCUCCCCCCGCCCCGCCGGCCCCUCCCUGCGGGGAUGUGCUUGUCACAGAUACAUCGGUCCUAUGUUCAAGUGUCUGCAGAAAGGGAAACUGUAAACUACUCACUGGAACGCUGCCCUCAGCCACCUGCUCCCCACCACCGAGAUGAACAGUCUCUAAAAAAGAAAACCCAAAGGAUCUUUAGUCUAUUACCUGGAUUGGAAGCUUUAGAAAAGCACAGUCAGUGAGGCAUUUCCCACUGUAGCAACCCUCUGGCCAGGAGCCUCGCGUUUCCAAACAGUGACAAGUGACAAGCCCGGCCUCAGAGGAGCCAGGAGAAAGCAGGCGUUGCAAACACAGCUUUGCUACACUUACAGUCUUCCUUUUUUUUUUCCUCUAUUUUUACCUUUCCUUUUCCUUUUGACAACAUAAGUGGGAAGGUUUUAACAGCCAGAAGGGCCCCUCAGCACGGCCGUGUGCCACGGGGCAGUGUGCUGCUCCAGCGGGGCAGGCGGGGGAGCAGGCAGAGGGACAGGCAGGCCAAUGGAGCAGUACCAUUACCACCUCCCUGCCAAAAUGAGCACGGCAAACAACAGAGCCUCCUCCGAAACACACCUUCCACCUCCUGACCCCAGGCCAGAGCUCUGUGCCUGCUACAACCGCCAGCAUCCCCACACAAGGCUGGCACACGGCUGCGGCGGCCUGGGGCCCGCCGGGGAGGUGGGAGCACUGCCCUGGCGCUGCCCCCGGGCAUCCUGGGGCCGGGCUGGGGCUGCAGCCGGGUCAGCACUCACGGGAGCACACACCUGACCACGAAGCGCCCAAACAAGAAGCACAACCAAACCCUCAGCAGGAGGCCAAGGAGGAGUCCCCCUCCCUGGACAGCCAUCCCUCAGAGUGGCACCGACCCUGUUUGGUGUCCCUGCAGAGCUGUCCCCCCACAGGCCCAAGGCUGGGGAAAGCCUCUCCACAGCCAUCCCACCUGAGCAAGCAGCAGCUGCCUCGGGCAAGGGCCGUCUCUCGGCCUUUCCCUUGCUCUCCAGCCACACGGCUGCCCCGCAGUCAGGCAAGGCACAGGGUCACACAUCCAGCAGUGGGCACCUGCUGGGAUCAUGCUUCUGACCCCCUUCUCCCUGGGGCACUGGGGGGUGGCACAUGGGGCCUUGGCCACACUGUGACAAACGACUGACUUGGCAGAAGGGGAACAAAGACUCUCCUAUGCCAAGACCAGAGUCUCAGUCUUAAAAAUCAAAAGGUAACUUGUAACUGAUUCCGAUUUUGGGAAUUCUCUUGGACGUUUCUCUCACCUACCACCCCAGCAACUCCACAGCCUGCUCCACCAACACCACCUCCACGGCAGGAGCUGCUGUGCAGAGCUCAUUCCUCAUUUCCUACUUCCUUUGUUGCUAAAAUGCAGACAAUUGACUUGAAAAGAGAACACACACCGACGAGGGGAGCAGAGGGACACAGCAGCAAGUCCAGACCCGCUUCCACCAGCAACGCCACUCCGGCGUCCCUGACCGACCCCCAGCCCCCGAGGUUCCUCCCUCCCAAAUCAGGGGCAAACUCGGGCUCACGAGAGGGGAGCUCUGGAGAUAACAGUCACGGCCGCAGCGCUGUACGAGUAUCACUUGCCCGCGGUGCCCUGCGAGCCCUGGGCUGGGGCUGACCUGCUGCAGCCAGGCGGGCGGCUGGUGUGAGGUGAGCGCCCUGCGGGGCUGGGCAGACCAGGCAGGAUCACACGCCACCAGGAAAGGGCAAAGUAGCAGCUCCCCAGCCUCCCUCGAACCCAGCUGUGCUUUCCAUCCUCCCUGUUCACGAAGCUGCUCCACGGGCACCAGCCCCCCAUCCCCCACCCCAUCUAUUACAGCAGCAUCUCGGACACAGCAUCAGUUGGGGCCGGGGAUCACCUCGGCCAGGGCCCACUGACAAGCGGCCCACGCUCAUCCCCCAGCCCUGCAGAGGUGGCUCCUUCACCUCCUCCCAGCCGCGACACACGGCUCCGGCUCAAUGAGAUCCUUUGGGAAAGCCCCCGUAC